AUGUAAACAUGGGGGAUGGGAGAAUCCUCUCCAACAGGAAACUACACACUUGCGUCUCCAUUAAACUGGAGGCAGAGUGGCUCAGAAUCAGGAAACCAGACUCCUUGUUUUAAGCGGAAGUUUUUUUUUAAAAGCAAAAUGGAAAAUAUUUGGUAUCUCUGGAUCUCCAGCAUCCUCCUGCCUUGGUCUGCAGUAUCUGGACAUCCUUGUAACAUUGAUAAAAUGGGACAGGCUGCCUGCAGUGGAAAGAGCCUUCUCCAUCCUCCCAAAUUUCUUCCCAUGCACAUUACCAUUCUAGAUCUAUCUUUCAAUUCUCUGACAAUGCCCAGGCAUGGACCUUUUCUGAGAAGCUUUCCUUCCUUACAUUCCCUAAAUCUUUCCAGCAACAGCAUUCCUACUCUUUCCUCCUCUCUGUUCUGCAACCUUGGUGCUCUUCGCCUUUUGGACCUAAGCAGCUGUGGCAUUUCAUAUGUGCAUCGAAGGAGCUUCCGAGGUUUGAAAAGCCUUCACUCUCUACAUCUGAACAACAACAAACUUCAAUCUCUGGACCUCUCCAUUUUUCCUGCCUCUGGAAUCCUUGUCCAUCUGGAUCUGCAAAACAAUGAACUGCCCUGUGGACAUGAACUUGUGCAAUUAAAUGUGCAAAGAAUCCAUCAUAUCAAACUUCAGGGGAACAUUUCAGUGUGCAGUGAUUCCCUAACACCUUUCCAACAAGCAGUGCCAGAAAAAGAACUCCAGAUUCAAGAAAUCAGACCUUCAGAUUAUGAGACUGUGAGCCACAGAAGAAAACUUCAGUUCCUUCAUAUUGUGUCUACGAAGAACCCAUCAUCACUAGAAAAUGCUACAGCAGCUAUUACCACCCCUUCUACUCAAACAGCUGGGAAAAACUGGAUUUACUUUGCUGGUUUUGUGCUUUUGGCUAUCACCAUCUCUCUCCUGAUUGCAUUGAUUGUCAAAUGCAAAUUGCUCCACAAAAAGCACGCCAGCUAUCAUCAUCAACGGUUGCCCGAUUCUCGCUCCAUUGGAAGCAGCCAUAUUGAGGAAAGAGACAUGGACAUGACGUAUGGGAGGAACCAACCAGCUUCUGAGUGCUAUCCAGAGGAUGAUGAUGGUUUUAUAGAAGAUAACUAUAUUGUGCCCAAUCAAGACUUGAAGGAGGAAGAGGAGGAUCUGGAGUUGGAACCUCAUUUCAAAAUUGGAAUACCCUUUUAGGAACAGAGUUCAGUUUGUUAUAUGCUCCAGUUUGUUCAUAGGGCCUAUUUCAUUUUAGAGGUUCCUGAUACUUUCAUUAUAAUAAGCCCAAAGGCAAAUUUGACUCUGGGCAAAAAGGUCAGCUGCAUGCCUGCAGUGGUUAGAGCUUAGUACGUUUUCCUGAACAUUAGUCAAGUGGAAGUCUUGAGUUCUCUCUUACACACUCAACCCUUUCUUUUGCUUGUGCACACACACCCAGAAAGACACUUGGUUCCUUCGUAUGUACUUGUUUUUCUUGUAUACAUACAUCAACCACAAUUAUUUAGAGCUUACAUUAGAACUGGUGGAGGUUUCGAAAGAGUCUGUUUGGAGCAUAGGAAAUAAUGUUUCAAAUGAACUGCGGCAUUUGAGAAGAGCAGUUUUUCCUUCAUGACCGUCCCUAAAACCCCACCUGUGCCUUAACAGCAACUGAUCUUUUUUUUAAAGCUUGAUUGCUAUGUGGGUUAAGGAAAAACUAUUUCCAAGCAGCUGAUGGGAAGGACUUUCCCCCUGGGCUGCAUUAACCAUCUUCCAUAAAUGCUAUGCAUCUCAAUGGAGAAGUUUUCCCAACUUAUCACAGCUAGUGAGUGCUACCUGUGGGUGUGGGAAGCGUAAAUGAUUGCCACAA